AUGUCUUCGCAGCGACCCGCCUUCUACUUCGGUGGUCCGGCGCCAAACCAACAACCACCACCACCGCAGAAUCAUGCUCCGGCACCACCUCUCACCAACGGUACACCUGUAGUACCCAAUCAGCCACAACAAAUGGCUUUUCAACAAAAUGCAGGCCUGCCCGGCGUUGAUCUCUCGGCUCUCAAUAUCAACAUUUCUGCCGCAGAGCUAAUGACAAUUGCGCGUUUGUUACAGAGCGGGCAGCUCACCCUACCACCGCCAGGUCCAGGUGCAUAUUCGAUCCCCGCCGUUGGCCCUCCUCCUGCCCCCGUUCCCGCAUCAGCAGUGACCCCCCAAGCCUCCGCGCCGUUGAAUGGUGGAGAUGUUGGUGUGAAUAUGGACAGGGAAGAAGGCGAGCUUGAGGAUGAUGAGGGAGCACAGAGUACACAUGCACUGUACGGUUCCUCUGUACCGGACAGCAGUGUCCAGGCACAUGUCACUCAAGUGAACAGCACUCAAGCUGCACCAUCUCGACCUCACCCUGCCCAGCCUACCUCAAUAAUACGCAAUGGUCAGUCGUCCGAUGGUGGCCAUGUGGCUGAUCAUCCUGCCAAGGUCGUUGAGAGUCGAAAUGCGCCUGCUUCCGCGCCAGUCACAGAUGUCGCUCCGCCGAGUAUCGCUGUUAAAGCUUUCGUGUUGGAGUUGCACCGAGUUGGCUAUGGGUUCGAARACCUGGCGCGUGAAGUUGGAAAUACACCAUCCUUAAGGAACUUGUACCAGCAGAUCGGGCUUCCCCUGCCGUCACAAUCGGGCGAGCCCUCGGCAAGCGCAAAACAGAGCAUCGCGCCGCGUGUCGCCUUCAAUGGCGCCGUGAACACUGCUGUUCCAGGCACACAGGCUAAGGCACAGCUCCCGACGCCAGGAAGACCGCAAAUUGCUGUCAAGACAAUUGCAAAUACAACGGCAGCUGCUAAGCCGGAUCGUGCUUCCUACUUGGCCAAAUUGCAAGCCGCGAAGAACAAGAAGUCUGAACCAGUGUUGGAAUCGCCAACGACUAAUCAUGUACAGAGCCCUACGACGCCCGCAGCCGUGCGGCCUCCAUCACAGCACGCGUCAGCAACCACGGAAACGUUACAGCAUGCAGCAGGAAAACAGUCCGCCAUCCCCCAGUCUGCCGGUGCUUCUGCCUCACAAGCUCCAGCCUCGCAGGUUGUCGACUCCUCGCGUACGAACGGCGCUGCACGAACUACAAGGGUUACAUUCGACACAGAACUAGUCAGACAGAGGCUGGCAAAACUCCAGGCUGAGCGAGCAGCAGCCCAUAAUGCCCAGAAAUUGUCUAGCGAUGCCAGCAUGCCGGAAACUACGUCUUGGCGAGCAGAAGGCACUCUGCAUCAGACUCAAAGUCAACCUCAUGCGACCGUGAUGCCUGCAUUACCAACAGUGACACGAUCGUCACCCGUCGUAGUUGAUCGGGAAACGACACAUCAGCUCCCGCCUCGAACCUCAGCUGCGGCAUCGCCCUCCAUCGCACGUGGAUCUGGCUUACCGGGUCUAUUCACGACCAGAACCCCUGUGCAGCAGGAGUCUUCGCCCGUUAGGCUUCCAGUCGAACUGCCUCGCACCCAGGUACCUGCGCAGGCUCAAGAUGUCGCAGCUGCUGCAGCAGUGCCCACGCAGAGCCCUGCAAAAUCGCCUGCACCGCUGAAUCAGCUGCGGCCGCGACCUGUGAGUGGUCAACAAGCGCCAUGGGGCGGCCCAAGUGCUCCCAAGCGACCCUUCGGCGAGAACGGCAUGCAGCAUGAGGCCUUUAUCAUUGAGACAAGUAGUGAUGAAGAUGAUGGCUCAGAAAUGGAUACCGACGACAGCACUGGCCAGCAGUCGCCCGGGUCAGAAUCGAAAUCGCUCCCUGCUCGCCCUAUCGGUCUACUCCCAGACUUUCCUCCCGCGAAGGUCGAUCCUCAGAGGGCUGUAUCAACGCCUGGAACACCAUCUAUCGACCUCAAGCGCAAACUCGAGGAGCUUCAGGUAGCCAAGAAGAGGCUGGAGGAGCUGAAGCGGAGGAAGGUCAAUGGCAAACCUACUGCCAGUACGCAAGCGCCGUCUACGCAAUCUCCUGGCGCAGCCCUGACUGCUCGAUCGAGCAUGUCCUUGUCAGACGCAGCCACACCGGCUGCGGAGAUGGGCCAACAAUCGCCAUCGAUUGCUCCAUUCUCAAGCAAGCAGCAGGAGAAGGAGGCGCUGCGGAAACGYUUGCAAGAGCUCGAGGAUAGCUUGGGACGCAAGUUGCCUGCCACAUCAAACGUUCCAUUACCGACUUCUGAAACAACGGCUCAUUCUGCACCUGAUCAAUCGGAAGAACAGACGAUGGUCGCCACUGACGAGGACGACGAUGACGAUGGUGACCUGUACGAGCCCGAAACUCUUGAUUCGUUCGCCGAUGAACAGUCGUCAGGGCCAAGAGUCAACGUUGAGGCCGAGGAGUCGGGCGAUGAAGAAGGCGAAUCGUAUGAGCCUGCGGCAUUUGGUGCCACUGGCGGUACGGACACGAGGCUGCAAAUCAGCUCUGACAGUGGCAGAAUUGGCUCACAGGCCACUACGCACAGUGUAACUUCYAACCCAGAUGCAGCAAGCUCACAGCUCGCUGCUGAAAUGGACGCUGCCAUGGCCAAUGCUGUGGGACCCAACACUGGCAUGAACAAUGGACAGCUUGAGAACAUAAAACUUGCACAACAGGAAUCGGACGCCAUCGAGGUCGCUCCAGACGCCGGCAGAGGUGGGAACGGCACCGAAGACAGAGAGGUUCUGGACGAUGAUUCUGAUGAAGACAUGUACGAGCCAUCGACUGCCCACGCGCCCCAACAGCCUAUCGCUGGUGAUCGGACACAUCCAGUUGAGACAGAGCAAGACCGUGACGAGCAUGAUGACGACAACAAUGAAGCAAUGGACAUCUCUUCCGACGACUCGGACUCUGACUCCAACUCGUCUGAUGAUCAAUCUUCCGAGGACUAUGAGCCCGAGGAAAACCCUGCGCAGGCAUCUUCCGACCGGCCCGAAUCGAUGAGUGCGGCUCAAGAUCAUGGCGGCGAUGUCGUGCCCAAGGCCGACCCGGUGCGCCCCUCCACCGAAGACGAUGUGGCUCAUGAGUUGCAAUCCGCAGCGGAUCAGCAUGUGGCCGUCGUGGAAAAUGCCCCGGCUUCUGGAUAUUACAAGCCUUAUACCAGCAUGCUUACUCGCUUCAAGGAAUAUCGAUACCACCCUGACUUCAUCGAAAACGUACCAGGGGGCCACAAGUCACUAACAUACUCCAACAACAUCGAUCACGAGAAACCUAUAUGCCCCUUCGAGAUUGGUGGGCGCUGCAACGAUAAAGAUUGCCAGUUCCAGCAUUUCAAGACGAUGGCACUCUCCGAUAACGAUUUGUUGCGAGAAAUUGGAACGCGAAAGAUCCCUGCGAAGGGCGCAGAAGAAGAAAAGGCCUGGCGUGAUGGUCUGACGGCCGUGGUAAAAGAACUGCGCAGCACAAAUCGCGGCAAAGAUGUCGCAGUCAUUGCGCAGCGAAUCGCAGAAUACCGUCGUGAUUUCAUUGGUGAUCCCACCAAGACGCUGAUGCUCGAUUGA